CGCGGCGCGGCGCGGGGCGCGAGGCCGCCGCGAUCUUUGCGCCUGCGCGCGCCGUAACCGCCAGUCCGUUCUCUUUCCCUACUCUUCCUCCCCUUUCCCCUCUCCCCCUCCUCCUCUGCCUCCUAGAGCGAGACACCAACAUGGAGCCUGAGGACCUGCCGUGGCCCGGCGAGCUCGAGGAGGAGGAGGAGGAAGAGGAGGAGGAGGAACGGGCGGAGGAGUCGGCGAACCAGGAAGGAGACAAGGUGGUGGUGGUGGAGGAGGUUGAGGAAGAGGAGGGGCGGGAGCUGGACUCGGACUUUAACUACGAGAGCCAGCCACGGGAGAAUACAGACGACGAGGACGACGAGGAGGCCAAGGCCUGGCUGCAGGCGCAUCCCGGCCGGAGUUUGCUUCCGUCGUCGCUUCCGAGGCGCUGCUUCCCGGAGGACGAGCUGACCGGCCCGGAGAAGGGGCCAUCUCGCGUCCUGGGCCCCCACCCUGUUCAGGUUGUGGUUGCCUACGCCAAAUUUCCCAUUCUUGCUGGCAAAGACCUCUCUUGUUCACCCCUCUCGGUGGGUCCCGGGCUUUUUGAAUGA